UCAAGUUGUAAAAGUUUUCGCUGCUUCUCUCAAUCGACACCUCUUCUGUCUGCGUGACAGCUCGUCCAUCUCCAAGUGGCCGCUGCUGCUCCACCAACUCCUCCCACUCGGCCUGUCAUCACCACAAGAGCAGCGUCCUCCUCUCUGAGGAGCGGCUCCUCUCACUGACUUUUCACAGUCCGGUGCCCCGACAGGACUCAGCAGGCAUGGCCGGCAGCCUCGCGCACCAGGGCUCCCCGAACCCGGGCUACAAUGCCCACAACCCAGUCACUGUGCCGGUCCCCAUCCAGACUGACUCCAGGGACAAGUGGAGCAAGAAGAUGGAUUUCCUCUUGUCUGUCAUUGGCUUUGCAGUUGACCUGGGAAAUGUUUGGAGAUUUCCCUACAUAUGUUAUCAGAACGGCGGCGGUGCGUUCCUGAUUCCCUACAUAUUGAUGGCCAUCUUUGGCGGUGUUCCGCUCUUCUACAUGGAGCUGGCGCUGGGGCAGUUCCACAGAACCGGAGCUAUAUCCAUAUGGAAACACAUCUGUCCCAUUUUCAAAGGUAUAGGCUAUGCCAUUUGUAUCAUCGCUCUGUAUGUGUCCUUCUACUACAACACCAUCAUCGCUUGGGCCCUUUUCUACUUCUACUCCUCAUUUUCCACCAUCUUGCCUUGGACAAACUGUGAUAAUGCCUGGAAUACCCCCGACUGCACCAACUAUUUUGGCAUGGACAAUGUCACUUGGACAAAUUCCUCCAGGUCUCCGGCAGAGGAAUUUUACACGAGAAACGUCCUGGAGAUCCACAAGUCGUCGGGGCUGAAAGAUGUGGGGGGAGUCCGCUGGCAGUUGAUGCUUUGCCUUUUUUUAAUUUUUACUAUAGUAUACUUCAGCCUCUGGAAGGGGGUCAAAACCUCAGGGAAGGUUGUGUGGGUGACCGCCACCCUGCCCUACAUAGUGCUUUUCAUCCUUCUCAUUCGAGGAGCCACUCUGCCAGGAGCCUGGAGAGGGGUGGUGUUCUACCUGAAGCCCCAGUGGGGAAAGCUGCUGGAAACUAGUGUGUGGGUGGAUGCAGCCGCACAGAUAUUCUUCUCUCUUGGGCCGGGGUUCGGGGUCCUCCUGGCUCUUUCCAGUUACAACCCUUUCACGAACAACUGCUAUCGAGAUGCUAUAGUGACCAGUUUGGUGAACUGUCUGACCAGCUUUGUGUCGGGCUUUGUGAUCUUCACGGUGCUUGGUUACAUGGCAGAGAUGAGGAAGGUGGAGGUUGAAGACGUUGCCAGAGAUAAAGGACCCAGUUUACUCUUCAUCACUUACCCAGAAGCCAUUGCAAACAUGAUGGGCUCCACAUUUUUUGCAAUCAUCUUUUUUGUGAUGAUGAUCACGCUGGGGCUAGACAGCACGUUUGGAGGUUUGGAGGCGAUCAUCACUGCAGUGCUGGAUGAAUACCCUGACCAGUUCUCACACAGACGAGAGCUUUUUGUGCUUUGUUUGGUGGUGGUCUGCUUCCUGGGCUCCCUGAGCACGCUCACAAAUGGCGGGGCCUACGUAGUGAAGCUGUUGGAGGAAUUUGGAGUGGGGUGCUCCAUCAUUGCAGUGGGGUUCCUCGAGGCCAUCGCUGUUUCUUGGUUCUACGGUAUUAAGAGAUUCAGCAACGACGUUCAGGCCAUGCUGGGCACGGCACCAGGAUUAUUCUGGAGGGUGUGCUGGGUUGGCAUCAGCCCAGCCUUUCUGGCGUACAUCAUAGUCAGCUCUUUGCUGAAAGCUCCACCGCUCACGCUGUUCGACUAUAAGUACCCAGACUGGAGCAUCACGGUGGGCUACAUCAUCGGCUUCUCGUCUUUCAUGUGGAUCCCCAUCUACAUGGUCUACAAGCUGGUGUGGACACCUGGUUCGCUCAAACAGAGGUUGGCGGUGUGUCUGAGACCAGAGAGGACCAUUCCGGACAUCCACGCCGACAACCUCAACAUGACCAUUGUACAGUAGAGCGCCAAACGCAUCUGUGUUCUUGUGAAUUAUUCUUCAUGCCACACUGGGGAAGUGAAUUGUGAUCAAACCUGACCUGACGCCGUGACUGUUCACCUGUGGGUGAUGUGGGAACAGCUGACUCUCACUGCAUGUGUCCACUCUGUGAACGAGCUGAGUGCUGCAACAUCGUCAUCCUGAGAGGGACUCAGACAGCAAUACCUUCGCUCUGUGUGUGGUGCCGACGAGCAUCAUUGAUAUAGUUUUAAUCUUUGCUUCUGUGGUCGUAUGAGUCACCUGUGGUCUGUUGGCCUGAAUUAUUGUUUUCAAAGUGUAACAUUCGACACAUUAUUCUUUAAGCAGCCAUUAAGAAAAACAAUUAAUUUUUUUGAGUAAGGGUAUGACUGUUGUUUCACAAAUAAAUGUACUUUUAUAGAGUAUAAUAGGCAACAAUUUACCAACUCAUGAUUUCAAUAAACUCCAAUCACAAUGUUUUGCCUUAAUCGGAUCAAAUGUACAAAAUAUUCACCAUCCUUUUGUGCCUCUCCAAUGAUGUAUGUUCUGAUGUCUUAAGUUUUAGUCACAAAUAUUAUCAAAGCUUUAUUUACUAUAUUGGAAACUGAUGUGAUGGUUGUUGUCUCCUGUUUAACAGAUGUGUAUAAAGUGAUACGCUGUGAU